UUCCUCACAAUGGCCACUAUUCAACCGACUGAAGAGGAACGUGUGCACCUGCGACGAGUAUCUGCAGACUUCCCUCCUACACCACCAGACUCGGAUUUAAGCGAUACAGAAAAGUCGACGAGCAAACCAGCAUCUACAAAUUUCCCUCUUCCUCCGCCAUCACAUCCGCCAACUGAGAUCAACCCAUUAGAUCACAAGACCCCUGACGGAUGGCUACCACGAGACUCGAGACUGAUCAGAUUGACUGGAGCACACCCGUUCAACUGUGAAGCUCCUCUUACAGAUCUAUAUAACGAAGGAUGGUUGACAAGUCCGGAACUGUUCUACGUAAGAAACCAUGGUCCUGUGCCUCAGGUCAAUGAUGAAGACAUCCCAGACUGGGAGUUUACGAUAGAAGGAGUGCUAGANCUCGUCGAAAAACCACUCACGAUAAAGCUCAAAGACCUCGUUCGAGAAUAUGACCAGAUUAUAUGUCCUGUGACCCUUGUCUGUGCUGGCAACAGACGAAAGGAACAGAACGUUGUCCGCAAGACUAAGGGUUUCUCAUGGGGCGCCGCUGGUGUCUCGAAUGCUUUGUGGACUGGUGUCAUGAUGCAUGAGAUUUUGAAGAAGGCUGGGCUGAAGAGAGGAGCAAGAUACGUGUGUAUGGAAGGUGCCGACAAACUGCUCAACUGGGCAAUGGAUCCUAAUAGAGGCAUGAUGCUGGCCUAUAAGAUGAACGGCGAGAUGCUAACACCCGACCACGGCAAGCCGCUGCGAGCCAUCAUUCCUGGUCAAAUCGGAGGUCGCAGUGUUAAGUGGCUGAAGAAGCUCAUCAUCACCGAUAAGCCAAGUGAUAACUGGUACCAUAUCUACGACAACCGAGUCCUGCCAACAACCGUCUCGCCAGAGGAAUCUGCAAACAACAAGGACUGGUGGAUGGAUGAGAGAUAUGCCAUCUACGACUUGUCGACCAACUCGGCAAUGGCACAUCCGGUCCACGAAGAGCAGUUAUGUGUAGUCGGUGCCCCACAGAACUAUCGUGUCAAGGGAUACGCUUACGGUGGUGGUGGUCGCCGUGUAACUCGUGUCGAAGUCACUUUGGAUAAAGGCAAGAGCUGGCGUCUUGCAAAUGUCGACUAUGCUGAAGACAGAUACCGAGAAGCAGGCCCUGUCGACCUUUACGGUGGCAGAUUAGACAUGGAAUGGAGAGAAAGCUGUUUCUCCUGGGCAUUCUGGAACAUCGACAUCCCGGUCGAUGAUUUGAAAGACGCAAAAGACAUCAUGUGUCGAGCCAUGGACGAAAGCAUGAAUGUCCAGCCUCGUGACAUGUACUGGAGUGUUCUGGGUAUGAUGAACAACCCUUGGUACCGAAUCGCCAUCCACCGAGAGAACGACUAUCUGCGUUUCGAGCACCCCACGCAACCCGCGUUGAUGCCUGGCGGCUGGAUGGAACGCGUGAAGAAGCUCGGGGGCAAUCUUGCCAACGGGUACUGGGGCGAACAGCUCGGAAGCUCAGAAGCACCAGAACCUGUUACGGAAGCAGCGCAAGAUGUCAAGAUGACCAAGGACGGAGUGAACAAGAAAAUCACUAUCGACGAUCUUCGCAAGCAUGACACGGAACAAGCCCCAUGGUUCGUCGUAAAUGGAGAAGUCUACGACGGUACAGCAUUCUUGGAAGGUCAUCCCGGAGGUGCUCAAAGCAUUGUUUCAGCAGCUGGACUGGACAGUACUGAUGAGUUUAUGGCUAUUCACAGCGAGACUGCUAAAGCCAUGAUGCCAACAUAUCACAUUGGCACGCUAGAUGAAGAGGGCAAGAGAGCAUUGAGUGGCGAGGAAGCACAGCCUGACGAGAAUGCGACACCUUCGGAAACUUUCUUGAACCCACGCACAUGGAAGAAAGCCAUCUUGCAAUCAAAAACUACGGUGUCUUGGGACAGCCGUAUCUUCAGAUUCAAGCUCGAAACUGAGGAUCAGGAACUUGGUCUUCCUACUGGCCAGCACAUCAUGAUGCGUCUACGAGAUCCAGUGACACGUGAGGCCAUCAUCCGGUCUUACACACCCAUAUCAGAGACGGCCGAGAAGGGCUUCGUUGACAUCCUGAUCAAGGUGUACUUCAAGAAUGACGCACAAGAGGGAGGUAAGAUGUCAACAGCUCUCGACUCUUUACCUAUCGGUCACUUCGUCGACUUCAAAGGACCAAUUGGCAAGUUCCAAUAUCUGAGCCAAGGUCUCUGUGCAAUCAAUGGCGUUGAGCGCCGUAUCUCGCAAUUUGUCAUGAUUUGUGGUGGAUCAGGUGUCACACCGAUCUAUCAAGUAUUCCGUGCAGUAAUGCAGGAUGCUGGUGACAAUACUAAGUGCACGUUGCUGGAUGGCAACCGCCUCGUCGAAGACAUUCUGUGCAAGGGCGAGCUGGACAGCUAUGCCAAGGACAACGAACACAAAGCAAAGCUUCUAUACACCCUCACUCAAGCGCCAGACCACUGGGAUGGUCUGAGAGGACGUAUCGCUGCACCGCUGCUUGCUGAACAUGCCAGUAAAGAAGCACUUAAGCUUGAGCCGACUGAACAAGCUUUGGUUCUGAUCUGUGGGCCUGAAGCCCUCGAGAAAAGUUGCCAUGCUGCGUUACUGAACCAAGGCUGGCGUGAUGAUGAGAUGCUCUUCUUCUGA